AUGAGAUCUCAUAACCCAGCUAUAAUCACUCCCAAAGACAGACCAUACAACCUUACACCAGAAUCCAGAUAUUCACCAGACCAAUACGAAAAUUCACAAUUUUUGCAACUCCCAAAUAAGCAGGAAUCAAGACUCAUAUUCACUGAGCCAAAGCGAAGCCCAUCUCAUAGAAGUAAUUAUUCUAUGGAUGAGUUUUCGUUGAAGCCUCCUCUUCCAAAGCACCCCAAGCCCAGUCACAAGCGCACGAUUUCUGGAAAUCAAGCAUACUUUUCAGCCCUUUCUUACAAAAAUCUGGAAAUCGACACAGAUCAGAGUCAUAAGACGAAAUCCCCAGUAAAAACAGCUAAACACAGCGGAGAAAUAAAUCUUACACAUCUUAGAGAAAUAGAAGAAAAAAUAGAAGAGCCCAGAUUAGUCAGUCAAGAAAGUGAAGAUGAAGAAAAUUCUAAUAAGGAGACUUUGGAAUUUCAAAAUAUAAUCCAUAUGAUUGAAAAAGAAGAUGAGAAAAGUAAGCACAUGAAGGCAGAAAACUUGAAGAAAAUAAAAUAUUUACUGUUAGAGAGUAUGAAUAAGGAAGGAAGCAUUGAGUCAGAUUUAUUUGGCAGAGAAGAUAUGAUAAGCACUGCAUCUAGUAAAGCACACAACGAAUUUGGUUGCUUUAUAAUGCAAGAUACUCCAUACAAUGCUUGUAUUUCAAAGGCUAUCUCGAAAUACCCAGAAGAAAGUGCUAUUUUUAAACAAAAAUCAAUUAAAGGUCAUCGUCGAAGAAAAAGCGAAAAUAAUUUAAUGUAA